AUGAAAGUAAUUGCACCAUCCCACCAAACGCUGAAGGACAAAAAUCCCGGCAGGUCGAACCCUCCGGCUUCAAAAUCUCAAAAUCUUGAUACGCUUCGUAAGCCAUUCAAAUGCCCUGCGCCGGCGAAUGCAGCACCCGCGUCAGAUCGACCUAUCCGGAAAAAGAGAAAAGUAGACUACAGAGGAGCCGAUGAGAACGAAGGAGCAAGCAUCGACACGUCAUAUGACGGCAAUGGCUUUCAAACGCCUUCACUGCCAAAAUUUCCAGUCUUUCAAGUGAAAGAUAAAAAUGUCGUCUUCAGAAAAGCUUUCUCUAUUCCUCUGAAAGACAAAACCCAGAGCGACUAUGGUUCAUCAAGGCCUCCGCCGACUCUUGGGCUCCGACGUGGAGCCUUAUUUGUCCCCAGGCCUCUGCAUGACCCAUCGGGCGAAUUUGCGAUUGUUCUUUACGAUCCGACAGUUGAUGCGAAGCCUGAUAUAACCCAGGAAAAUGUGGUACCAAAGGAGGUGGAACCCUCGAAGCUUGAUGCCCCGAUCGUGCACAAAAGUCUGGCCGAGAUUCUUGGAAUUCAGAAACAAGUGGAAACAGAUCUUCCCAAAGUUCCAGUUGUGAUUGACCCCAAGAUUGCCAAAUGUCUUCGCCCACAUCAAAUUGAGGGAGUCAAAUUUAUGUACAAAUGUGUCACAGGGCUCGUCGAUGAGAAGGCUCAGGGAUGCAUUAUGGCUGACGAGAUGGGGCUGGGGAAAACGCUCCAGUGCAUUGCUCUCAUGUGGACGCUGUUAAAGCAAUCUCCUAUGGCCGGUAAAUCCACCAUCCAGAAAGCUAUCGUUGUGUGUCCGGCAAGUCUGGUAAAAAAUUGGGCAAAUGAGUUGACAAAAUGGCUUGGUCCUAACGCUAUCAAUCCAUUUGCCAUUGAUGGGAAAGCGCCAAAGGAAGAGUUGAAACGUCAGCUCCGUCAGUGGGCAAUUGCUUCUGGCCGAUCCGUCACACGACCAGUCAUUAUUGUCUCAUAUGAGACUCUACGGCUUAAUGUUGAAGAGCUCAAGCACACCAAGAUUGGCCUUCUCUUUUGCGACGAGGGGCACCGUUUGAAAAAUGCGGACAGCAACACAUUUAAUGCUUUGAACGACCUUAAUGUAUCUAGACGAGUUAUUCUCACUGGCACGCCCAUCCAAAACGACCUUACGGAAUACUUUGCUUUGACCAGUUUUGCCAACCCAGACCUUCUUGGGUCGCGAUUGGAGUUUCGGAAACGAUUUGAAAUACCCAUUUUGCGUGGGCGAGAUGCCGACGCGUCAGAACAGGAUCGCAGGCGCGGAGAUGAGUGCACAUCUGAGUUACUUGGCGUUGUCAACAAAUUCCUCAUCCGACGAACAAACGACAUCCUUUCCAAGUAUCUCCCGGUCAAAUACGAACAUGUAGUUUUUUGCAAUCUGGCCCCAUUCCAGCUCGAUCUCUACAAUUAUUUUAUCACGAGUCCAGACAUCCAAGCUCUUCUCCGUGGCAAGGGCAGCCAGCCUCUCAAAGCCAUCAACAUUCUCAAAAAACUAUGCAAUCAUCCCGAUCUUCUAAACCUUGCGGAUGACUUGCCCGGCUCGGAGAAAUGCUUUCCAGACGACUAUGUCCCUAAAGAAAGUCGGGGGAGGGACCGAGACAUCAAGCCCUGGUAUUCGGGAAAGAUGCAGGUGCUCGAUCGAAUGCUGGCCAAAAUUCGAGAAGACACAAACGACAAGAUUGUGCUCAUCAGCAAUUACACGUCAACACUAGAUCUCUUUGAACGUCUCUGCAGAGAUCGCCACUAUGGGUGUCUACGCCUUGACGGAACAAUGAAUGUGAACAAACGGCAAAAACUAGUUGAUCGUUUUAAUGAUCCAAACGGAGAUGAGUUUAUUUUUUUGUUGAGCAGCAAGGCAGGUGGCUGUGGCAUAAAUCUCAUUGGCGCAAACCGACUUGUCCUCUUUGAUCCCGAUUGGAAUCCCGCGGCCGACCAGCAAGCUCUGGCACGAGUUUGGCGAGAUGGUCAGAAGAAAGAUUGCUUCGUUUACCGCUUCAUUGCCACGGGCACUAUCGAAGAGAAGAUUUUUCAAAGGCAAUCUCACAAGCAAAGUUUAUCUUCGUGCGUGGUGGACUCUGCUGAGGACGUGGAGCGCCACUUCUCCCUCGACAGCCUUCGAGAGCUCUUUCAAUAUCGGCCUGAUACAACUAGCGACACUCACGAUACAUUCAAAUGCAAAAGGUGCAAGCCCGAUGGCCGACAGUUCAUCAAGGCCCCUGCUAUGUUGUAUGGUGAUACAAGCACUUGGAAUCAUUUUGUCAACUCUCAGCUGCAACCUAUACAGGAUCUGUUGCUAAGACAGGAGUAUGCGGGGAGUGAAGUGUCAGCUGUGUUCCAGUAUAUAUCACAUUAA